GGGGAUUGGAACACCUGAAUCACAUGAUAUGGAGGGGAUUGGAACACCUGAAUCACAUGAUAUGGAGGGCAUUGGAACACCUGAAUCACAUGAUAUGGAGGGGAUUGGAACACCUGAAUCACAUGAUAUGGAGGGGAUUGGAACACCUGAAUCACAUGAUAUGGAGGGGAUUGGAACACCUGAGUCACAUGACAGGGAGGGGAUUGGAACACCUGAAUCACAUGAUAUGGAGGGGAUUGGAACACCUGAGUCCCAUGACAGGGAGGGGAUUGAAACACCUGAAUCACAUGAUAUGGAGGGGAUUGGAACACCUGAAUCACAUGAUAUGGAGGGGAUUGGAACACCUGAAUCACAUGAUAUGGAGGGGAUUGGAACACCUGAAUCACAUGAUAUGGAGGGGAUUGGAACACCUG